AUGUCCGACGAGUUGCCAGCUGCGCCAGAGGCUGAUUCUCAAAUCACCUUCAAGGUUAAAACAUCCAGCGAUGGAAAUCAUACAAUCACAAUGGCAGAAACUGCAUCAGUUCUCGACCUGAAGACCAAGCUGGCAGGAGAUGAUUACGAAAAGAUUCCAGUCGAUCGCCAACGAUUAAUUUACUCUGGUCGUGUCAUGAAAAAUGAGGAACCUUUAAGCACUUAUAAGAUCAAGGCUGGCAAUACAAUACAUAUGGUCAAGAGCGCACAGAGCAACACUGCCCAAAAUCCUGCCAACGCCACACUUGGUGCUGCAGCAGGUGUGCCAACAAACAUGGCUGCCGGAACUGCGAAUAAUCAUCUUGCUGGUUUGACAGGUGCUCGUUAUGCAGGCCAUAUGGUUCUUCCAGGUGCUGAGAUGUUUGGCGCAGAUGGUGGAAUGGGUGCUCCGCCAACUGAAGAUGCGAUCGCUCAAAUGAUGGAUGAUCCUAAUAUUCGCCAAACGAUGAACGAAGCUCUCAACAACCCAGAUCUCGUCAACAUGAUGAUUCAAAAUACCCCAAUGCUCAGAGACAUGCCAAAUGCACGAGAGAUGUUACAAUCGCCAAUGUUCAGAGACAUGCUUACAAAUCCAGACGCUAUUCGACAAGCUGCUGCGAUGAGAAGAUCAAUGGGGAGCGGAGCUGGUAGCUUUCCCGCACCGGGAAUCACUGAUACUACACCGGCUGGAGCAGCGGGGAGCAGUCCAGGAAGUGGCCAGGCAAAUGCACAACCUUUUAACCCUUUUGCGAUGCCCGCUGGAGCUCCUGGUAACCCAUUUGCAUCAUUAUUCGGUGGACAAGGAGCAACUGCCGCUGGCCACCCUCCAACCCUAGCUUCUCCACCUCCCGCUUCCGCUGGGGGAGCACCUUCAACUGGUGCGGAUGCCAAUGCCCAAAACACUUUUGCUUCGAUGUUUGGAGGAGCUGGAGCCGGUGGAGCGGGGUUUAAUCCAUUUCCAGGGAUGCCACAACCAACACCGGAACAGGUACAACAAGCAAUGGAAAUGAUGCGAAACGGAACUUUUGGAGAUAUGUUUGGUGCUGGUGGACUUGGAGGUAUGGGAGGUAUGGGCGGUGCUGGCGCGGGUGCUCCUGCAGCUCCAGCAGCUUCAGCAGACACAAGACCACCUGAGGAUAGAUACGCCGAUCAACUCAGACAGUUGAAUGAUAUGGGAUUCUUCGAUUUUGACAGAAAUGUUGAAGCCUUGAGAAGGAGUGGAGGAAGUGUACAGGGUGCCAUCGAGCAAUUACUAAGCUAG